GGCUGUACAUGUUUUCAUCCCAUUAUUGUUUUCAAAAAUCAUUUGAGGCAUAAUGUAGGCAUAAAACUGGUGUGACCAUAAAGCAAUCUUAAACAGCAGGGUUCGAAAUAUAUGGAACCAGCGUUCACGACCUUCAACUUAUCUACAGAUGGCGCUGCAGGGAAGACUACAGCAGACGACAGGGGGCGCCGACUGACACACCGUUUACAAACAUAAAAAUAUUGUGGCCCUAACCUGUCGUAAGGUUGUUGCUGUCAGUUAUAUUUAAAACAACUAACACAACAGAAUAUUAUUCUUUCCAAACACAGAAGAACUGAUCUUAUCAGCCAACAUAGAAUUAGGAUUCCAUUGGAGGAGAAAAUUGGAGUUCAUGGACAGUUUUGAAGUUACAGUGGACAAUGAAGCAAGCAAGAGCACCAGUAUUCAAACCAUUAACACAUACGGAAAAUACGUCUUUGUUUAAUUUUGAGCCCCCAGCUUCAAAUGUAAGGACAUCAGCUCCUGUUCCUUUCCUUCGGUUAAAUGAGAACCAAAAUGUCAAUAACCAGACUGAGCUUGGGCAACAUCAAGAUGUUGGCACCGAGCGACUUUCGUCACUCCAUGCAAAACUUCAUCAAGAAGCAGACAAAAUUCGAAAAUGGAAAGUUCAAAUUGAAAUUGAACUGAAGCAGAAGGAGAAGAAGAUACAUGAAGCAUCUACUACAAAUGAAUCGCUUCGAAAGUCAAUUUUAGAGCUUCAGCUCCAGAAUGAAAAUCUGAGCUUAAAACUUCAGGAAGAAAUGGGCAAUAGAGAGGAGAUUGUUCAGAGAAUCAGUUCUACAAGACAGCUUUGUAAUAUUCUCAAAGACCAUGCCGUCAAACUGGAGGAAAAAUUGAAUCAUUGUGAAACAGAAAGAACAGAGCUGAAGUAUUUAGAGAAAGAUCACCUUCAGCAGUUUGAGGAACUGUCUGCAGAAUUCAAGAAAUUGGAAAUCACAACCACUGAAAGUUGUAACAGGCUUGUCAACCAGUUGCAACUUGAAAGGGAUGACCGUAGCAGGCUAGAAGAAGCAUUAGAAACAAAACUUACUGAUGCCGAAAUUCAGCUGAAAGUAUUAAUGGAUCAGUGUGAUGAAAAAGACAUAGAAAUCAGAGAUGUCAGAACAAUGCUGCAGAGGAAUGAUGAAAAGAUACAUUCUUUAGAACAAAGCAAUGCCACUUUCCAUCAGAAGUCUGAACAACAGCUUGCAGAGAUGAAAUUGAAAGAUAGUGAUUUGGUUACAACAUCUGAGCAGCUUCACUUUUUUCAGGAAGAAAAAGUACAGAAUGAAGAAAAAGUAAAAGUGUUAAUUGCUGAGCUGGAAAACUUGAAAGAGGCCAAGAGCACUUUGGAACAGACUAUGGUUUCUUCAAAUACAGAAUAUGAUGCUAAACAAACAUCCCUGCAGCAACAAAUUGAUGGUUUAAAUUGCAGCCUUCUUUCCCAAGUUGAAAUCUGUAGGAAAUAUGAACAACAGUUGUCAGAAAUGUCAUCUCUGUCUGAAAACUUAAAGAGUUCUAAAGAUGUUCUUAUGCUUGAGAAGACUGAGCUGGAAGGAACUGUCAGUGCUUUGAACAAGGACAUAAGUGAGUAUCAGAGGACAAUUGAUGAACAGAUGAAAGACAAUGCUUGCUUCAAAGAAGAUCAAAGGCGAUUUACAGUUGAACUGCAUGAAAGUAAACAACACAUUUUGGAGCUACAGAAAGCUGUUGAGUGUGAACAAUCAGAAAAAUUACAAAAAGAAGAAGAGAACAAAGGCUUGCUUGACAGAAUUGCCACCUGUGACAUCACAAUUCAGGAGAAGCAUGAGGAAAAUCUAAAUGCAAUACAUCAGUGUCAGAUUUUGGAAGAUCAGCACCAGGUUUUCAGAACAGAACUUCUUGAUCUACAACAGUCUCUGAUGACGGAAAAAGAGAAGUUGACAAAUACUUCCAUUUCGCUUGACAACACUCGAGGAGAACUCAGUACAAAAGAACAAAAUUUCAAGUCCUUAGAAAAUGAAGCAAAGAAGUUGAAAAAAGACUAUGAGAUGUUACAGAGAGACCUCAAGAAAACAGAGGAUGAACAUAAGAAAUUGAAGGAUAUUUUGACACAUAUGGAGGAGGAAAAUGAACAACUGACACAGAAAACACAAGAAUUGCAAGAUACCAUUAAUGAAUUGAGAGAUGAAAAGACAGAACAGGAUAAAUACUUGGAUAAGGAGAUGCAGUCCAAGUCAAAACAAAUGUCAAAUCUUGAAGGAAAACACAAAGACUUAAAAGGAGAGAUAACUACAAAGAAUAAGCAGAUCAGAGAACUGGAAAAAGAGAUCAAGGGCCUGAAGUCAAAAUUAUCUUCUCAAGUGAAGAGUACUGAAUGCAAAUCAAGGGAGUAUGCUGAACUUCAGGAACAAAUGGACACACUAAAACUUGAAUUUGAUGACAUGAAAUCAAAACUGAUGUUAUCAGAUGACGAUCUAAAGAUGGCAAAGUUAAGGGAAGAACAGGCAGUCCAACAGAUGGAAGAAAUGAAAGUAAAACUAGGUCAUAGUUUGAUGGAGCAGAAAGAGACAGAGGAGCGGUGUGAAUUCCAGCUCUCACAGAUGAUGGCUACUAUGGAAAAGUAUAAACAAGAAAAUGGCAAGAUUGUACAACAGAAGGAAAAGGAACUUGAACUCUUACGAUCUAAAUCUGAUGAGUUUACUACUUUGAAACAGCUGAAUAAUGACCAGUGUGGAGAGAUGAAGAAAGAAAUAGAAGAAAUGACAGUAAACUUGGAAAAGAAAAUAUCUGAGAAGAAUGAAGUUUUGUCUCAGUUGUCGCAACAGAGAAAGAAAACUGACAGCAUGCAAAAGAAAAUUGUGCAAAAGGAAACAAAGAUAGCUCAGCUACAGGAUGAGAUGAAGGCCAUGAAGCAGUCACAGCAGAAAAAGCGUACAUCAAGUGCUCUAACACAGACAAGCCCAAUGUCAUCACCUGCAGCAAUUUUAAACCCUUCAACGACAACACCACAAGUGUCAAAGCGAGACAGUUCACCCAAUAGCCAAACUAGGACACCUCAGAGUGCACUGAAGACUCCACAGAGAAGCAUACUGCGAAAUACGAACUCCGUGUCAAAGAGAAGGAAGGUUGCCUUUGCCUCAAAUGAUGAUUCAGGAACACAUACAGCAUCAGACUCAGAUUCUUCAACAGAAUUAAUGGAGGUUGAGUUGGAGAAUAUUGAUGUAAGGCAGAUGAAAAAUGCCAAAACUACACCAGUCUUGUUACGCCCCUCACCAAAAGUGAAACCAUCUCCAAAGGCAACAACACCAGAUAGGAGAAUUGAGGCAACUCAGAAAACACCACUUGUAAGAGUCCCUCGUGGUCCACCAGUUAAACUCAAGGAAAAGAAAGAGGUCUCAAAAUGUGCUGCGCAUGAAGAAAGGGACAAAUUUAGAGAACUCUUCCCAGACCAACAUGGAGUACUGAUUGGCAGAAGAGAAAAUACCCAGAAGAUGAAGGUAGAGAAAGACACAACACAUGUUAGACAUACUCCUUCCAAGAAUACCGGAAAGUUUUUCAAAGGAUCUCCCAGGGAAAGUUUGUACAAAAAAACCAAGAAGGGCGAAAAAGAUGAGAUAGCUUGGUUUGAUUUAGACUCAGUAUUUGGAUUUGGACCUGAAGAUUAAUUCUAGCAUAGAUUUUAAUUCAGUUGCAUUUUACGGGUUGGCAAAAUACAUGACCCAACCCUCCAACAUUGAUUACAUGAUUAUGCACUUGUUGCAGGAUUGUUUGUUUACAACAGUACAUACUGUAAAUGGUGUCUUUAGAUGAAGCCAUCCAUACUUUAGAUGAAGCCUUGAAAAGUUUCAUGGGUGUUUGAAAAGCUGUUGUUGUUAUGAGCACUUAACAUGCUUCAUGUUCUGUUUUUAAUAAAAGAGAGAGAGGAAGAGAUAAACAAAACAUAAAAUGUUUUUAUACAAUAUUUAAUAACAUCAAACAUCUAUAUGAGUACUUAAUAUUCCUCUGUCUGCAAUCUGUUGUGUUUUUUGUCCAAAGAAGAAGACUAUUGUUCAUAUUUGCAUUUGUUGACCUUAUAAAAUCAUUGUUUAUUUUUA